CUGCUUUCCCACCACUGACCUGACUCUGAAGCGCCUGCUGCAGCCUCAGCGCACGGACGCUUGUGCGUAAACUCUGGCAAAGGUUCCACCGUGACCAGCUAACUGGUAAACAGGACGUUAUUGAGCGGAUGCUGUGGAUUUGAGGGCUGAAAGAGAUAUGAACCUUCCUAAAGUCCAGAUCCUGCUGGCAGGACUUCUCUUUGUUUAUUCUGGGCCAGUAUGCUGCUUGGAGGAUGAGACGGACCUGGUGAAGAACCUGUUCACCGGCUACAACAAAGUGGUCCGUCCCGUGAACCACUUCAGCGAGGCCGUCGUGGUCACCGUGGGGCUGCAGCUCAUACAGCUCAUCAGUGUGGAUGAAGUCAACCAGAUUGUGACCAGUAACGUUCGUCUCAAGCAGCAAUGGGUCGACGUGAACCUGAAGUGGAAUCCAGAUAAUUAUGGCGGCAUUAAAAAGAUCCGAAUCCCUUCAACUGACAUCUGGAAACCCGACCUGGUGCUCUACAACAACGCCGACGGCGACUUUGCCAUCAUCCACGAGACUAAAGUCCAGUUGGAGUACACCGGCAUGAUUACCUGGAACCCUCCCGCCAUCUUCAAGAGCUACUGCGAGAUCAUCGUCCUCCACUUCCCGUUCGACCUGCAGAACUGCAGCAUGAAGCUCGGGACCUGGACGUACGAUGGACUGCUGGUCGUCAUCAACCCAGACAGUGACCGGCCCGACCUCAGUAACUUCAUGGAGUCUGGUGAAUGGGUGCUGAAGGACUACCGGAGCUGGAAACACUGGGUUUACUACACCUGCUGUGCCGACACCCCGUACCUGGACAUCACCUACCACUUCCUCAUGCUGCGGCUGCCGCUCUACUUCAUCGUCAAUGUCAUCAUUCCCUGCAUGCUGUUCUCUUUUCUCACAGGACUGGUCUUCUACCUCCCUACUGAUUCUGGUGAAAAGAUGACUCUCUCCAUCUCCGUCCUGCUGUCUCUGACUGUCUUCCUGCUGGUCAUUGUGGAGCUGAUCCCCUCCACGUCCAGCGCCGUUCCUCUCAUAGGGAAAUACAUGCUCUUCACCAUGGUGUUCGUCAUCGCCUCCAUCAUCAUCACCGUCAUCGUCAUCAACACGCACCACCGCUCGCCCAGCACACACACCAUGCCUGCGUGGGUCCGCAAGGUCUUCAUUGAAACCAUUCCCAACAUGAUGUUUUUCUCAACAAUGAAGCGCCCCAGCCAGGAGGUCCGGCAGAAGAGACUUUUCCCUACUGACAUGGACAUCUCCGACAUCUCAGGGAACCCCACGCCCACCAGUGUCACCUACCAGUCUCCCAUCAUUAAAAACCCUGACGUCCGCAGUGCCAUCGAAGGAGUGAAGUACAUCGCUGAGACCAUGAAAUCAGAAGAGGAAUCCAACAACGCUGCAGAAGAGUGGAAGUUCGUCGCCAUGGUUUUAGAUCACAUCCUCCUGUGCGUGUUCAUGGGCGUGUGCCUCAUCGGGACAACCGCCGUCUUUGCUGGGAGACUGAUUGAGCUCAACUUGAAAUAUGGGUCUGACUCCUAAAGGAGGACACGUGUACUGAGGUGGAGGUGGAGAUGCCCCAGUAGGGGGUUUAUCUGCGGACUGGUGUGUCUUUUAUUCCCCUGCUGUGCCAGAACUCUUGUGUAACAUCAGUCUCAUCAUCAGCCUCUCCAUCUAAAUGGGUCAAACUUGAUGGCAUUUUCAUCAGUAACACAUUUUAUUUCCAUCUUUCAAUAGUUGUGACUAUUGUCACACACCAGAUGGCGCUAUGAAUGUAACACUGAUACAAACGCUAGAUUUAUUUUCCUUUUUUUCCACUUUUAUUCAUUGAGGAGCAGUUUCAUUGAUUGUUUGAUCUGCUCAUUUUAAGUGCAGGCAAAUCUUUCCUACCUGGAAGUUUGAUUGAUUGUUUUUGCCUGACAUUCAUUUGACUUUUAAAGAUAUGUUUAGGGGUGAAAGUGUUUUUCUACUUCAGUGUUCAUGUGAAGGUUGUGAGGUUUAAUGAUAAAAUCCCCAGAAAACGAGGUCUGUUGCAGGCAGAGCUGCCGGUGAAUGUGGGGAGUUGGAAAGCGUUAAUAUUGAGAACCUCAAACUUGUAUUUGUUGCUUCAACUACUGAGCAUCAGAUACUUGUCAAGGAAAAGGUCAUUUGCUGAAUGCGCAGCCUUGACUGCAUUCUAAACGUGGAGAGAACAGAAGUGUCACAGCUGUGCUGUUGCUGCCUGUGUUUCAACAAGCUAAAUGCAACUUGAUUUAUUUUGGGAUUGUGACUCUCUUCAAACAAGACCACACAUUUAAGUGUAUUUAUGCAGAAAUAUUGUAUUUUAAUGUAUCAGUAACAUCAUAUACUGUUUUUUUUAUUAGGAGUUGUGUACCUAGAUGUGGAAAAGAAGAAGUAAAAGCCAAAUCACCAUACCAUUUGUUUAUUUGGAUCUUUUGACGCGUCAAUGAAUUUCUUUUGUUUUGCUUUUUUCAUAAAUAGCUCCUAAACCCGACCUUAUAAAGAAGAAAUUCUUUCUAUUCAACCACAUCAUAAUUAAAAGGA